AUGGAUUUGGAAUGGAUGGAAUUCGCUGAAGGGUGGGAGUGGCAUGCACUGAAUUAUGUUAAUCCUCUUCCUCCUAUGAUACCUUAUCCGUCUUACUGUGUCAGUCGUCGAUGUGGAUGGUGCCGCUUUACGAUUAAGCCCGGCGACCUCAUCACAGCCAGAGCAUCUGGUGGCACCGAAACAGUUGCUUUUGAAUCGUGCGAAUCCUUCAACGAUAACAAGUUUCGCGCAACUUUCAGGCGCUGCACAAGUGAUCACGAAUCAUGUGCGACAAUCGGGUAUCACGUUGAAUGCUCCGAGAUAGCUUCAUCAUUCGGCCUUGAUAAGAGAGCAUUUGUGCAAGUUGCCCGAUAUUCGUACGAGCCCUCAGUUCAGGAAGAUGAGCGGCGACGGGAGUGGAUUUUGAAUCGCUUACACCGGAUCAUGAGUCAGAAGUUCGCAGAUCUACCACCAGAGAUACUGUUGAUGGUGAACAAACAUUUAGUCCUUCAUUAUGCGAUAUCUUCGCUGUCUCGUGUCUCUGAGUCGAGUCAAUGCACGAUUGAGCCAUCGAAGGAUGUAUGGGCGACUCAUCUCGACCUGGACGGAAUUGAGUAUGUAGCUUCCUUGUCGAACACGCCGCAGCCGGGAAGUCGAUUACUCUGGAGAGAGUUUCAAGGUCAGGAAGAGAAUCAUCUUUUCAUCUCAGAAGAUCACCUCGGCAUUCGCCAGAUCGUUAAUGAUCCUGGAGCUGUUACAUCGGCACAAGAUAGUUCAGGCUGGUGGCGAACACUCCCGAUCACCAGCAAAGUCCUCUCAUUCUCAGACGAUGGCCUCAAAUUGCGCAGUUUCGCAGCCGCUCCGUUGAAUCCCACCAUUUGUUGGCCGUAUCCUAUGGCCCCAGAUGCGUUGAAGAGCAUGGCUUACCACGUCACAAAAGACUCAUCUUCAAGUCUUGGUAUGACUAUCGAAGCUCGCAUGGUGGCCUUGGAGUUCAACGAGCCUGAGAUCACGGGAUAUUCUGCUUGUUGGUAUAAGGACCAGCUGGUCGAUCUUCAUACGCACAAGACUGAAGAGUCCUUGGCCUUUUAUCGUGAGCUGGACGAAAUGGCGAAGCACAAGUUGGCCAAGAAAAAUUCAGAUGAUUCGACCGCAAGUUCAUCCCCUCAUUGGACUUACCAUCCGUUGAACCCCGGUGAACGUCUUGGACAAGUCUGGUUGCGCACAAAGAAGGAAGCAGACGAAAAGGAUACGUCUGAAGAUGAAAGACGACCAAAGACGUCAGAUACUGUCAACGAGACUGCGGUAGUGCUGGUCACCAAUCAGUCGCGAACACUUACCAUGGGAAGAAGCAACUCACCACACAGCGAGUGGAAAUGCGUAGCCAAAGAGUCGCCGGACAUUCCAAUGCUAGUCUACCUCAGCCCUCGUCUUGACGGCAUUUCUUUGCUCGCAUCGCCAACUGUAGAAGGAAGUGACAAGGAUCCCUUGCCAGCAGUACUUGUUCCCGGAUCCGAAACAGAUCCAGUUGAGACCUCAGAAGUCUCGCUCGAUGCUGUUAAAGAGGUUCAGAUCUGCAGAGAACAAUCUCAGAAAGGGAUCAGCUCAGUAUCCGGCUUGUUGUUUCGAUACAAAGAUGGAAGCCAGGCAUGUUUUGGGAGAUUUCGCUUCGAUCAUGCGAAAGAGGUUCUGUCUGUUGCCGAUUCAAUGUGCUUCUAUCUCGGUACCAUAUACUUGGAUGGAGGUAACCGAGUCUUGGGAGAAUUUUGCUUAUCGAAGCCAGAGUAUGAGGAUGAAUCUUUGGAGUGGAAGAGUACUCUGUGGAAAGGAAGUUUCCCACGGGAGAUAAUGCUCAUGAUGGACAAUUAA